AUCACUCACACCAUAGAGAACAGAUACCAAACACAAGCAAAUUAAAAGAUAAACUAGAGAGUCAGCUUAGUAAGAAAAGAAAAAAAAACAGAAAAAUGGAGAGUAAUUUCCCAGUUGUGGAUAUGGGGUUGCUUCAAACUGAGAAAAGGCCUGAAGCAAUGGACAAAAUCAAAGAUGCAUGUGAAAACUGGGGUUUCUUUGAGCUUGUGAAUCAUGGGAUUUCUCAUGAAUUGCUGGACACAGUGGAGAAUUUAACUAAGGGACAUUACAAAAAGUGCAUGGAACAAAGGUUUAAAGAAAUGGUGGCAAGUAAAGGACUUGAAGCUGUCCAAACUGAAAUUGAUGAUCUUGAUUGGGAGAGCACUUUCUUCUUGAAACAUCUUCCUGUUUCCAAUGUGUAUGAAGUUCCUGACCUGGAUGAUGAAUACAGGAAAGUUAUGAAAGAUUUUGCACUGAAGCUAGAGAAACUAGCUGAAAAUCUUUUGGAUUUGCUAUGUGAGAAUCUUGGACUAGAGAAAGGUUAUUUGAAAAAAGCAUUUUAUGGCUCAAAGGGUCCAACUUUUGGUACCAAAGUUAGCAACUAUCCUCCUUGUCCCAAGCCAGACUUGAUCAAAGGCCUUCGCGCUCACACGGAUGCUGGUGGCAUCAUCCUUCUAUUCCAAGAUGACAAAGUCAGUGGUCUCCAAUUGCUAAAAGAUGGCAAUUGGAUUGAUGUACCUCCUAUGAAACACUCUAUUGUCAUCAACCUCGGCGAUCAGCUAGAGGUGAUUACUAAUGGAAGAUACAAGAGUAUUGAGCACAGAGUGAUUGCUCAACAAGAUGGCACUAGGAUGUCAAUAGCUUCCUUUUAUAAUCCAGGAAGUGAUGCUGUCAUAUUUCCAGCACCAGAGUUGAUUGAGAAGACAGAAGAGGACAACAAAUUGAAGUAUCCAAAAUUUGUGUUUGAAGAUUAUAUGAAGUUGUAUGCAGGUCUCAAAUUCCAGGCUAAGGAGCCUAGGUUUGAAGCAAUGAAGGCUGUGGAGACUACUGUCAACUUAGGUCCAAUAGAAACUGUUUGAUAAUCUUUUCAAGGGGGAAUUUGUUUAUGUUUUAAUAGGACACUAAUUAAGAGGAUUAAAGAAGUUAAGGUUUCUAAAGCUGUGUUGUCCUUUUAGUUAAUAAUUUACUAUGUUACUUGAUGUGUCAUUGUCUGUUGUUUGGUAGUGAGCUGUUUGAGGUUGUUCUCUAUGGGGUAUAUUGUAAAGUUUCCUCUUUUACUUUAAUGAAAUCUAUGCUUAAAGAAAAC